UGCCGCGAGGUUUGGGCGCCAUUUUGAAUGUAAUUUUUGUUUUUCCAAAUUUGCAACUUCGCGUCGGUUUAUUGCCCGUUGUGAUGAAUUGAGGAGCUUCAGAGCGCCCACGUAUGACUAAACCGGAAGAUCAGUUGCAGCUGAGAGUCCCCAGCCCAGCGGUUUGUGAUGAGACAGUUUCCGGCGAGGUGAACGACCUCAGGACACCUCUCCAGUGUUAACUCCCAGCAGCCGUCGCCAUGGCGCAGGGCGUGGCCGGUAGCCAUGGCAACAUGCGCAUGUUCGAGGAGCUGUGCCGACGAUUCCAGGAGGUGCCGCAGAACGUGGUGGUGGACGUCAUGAGAAAGAACGGGAGUAACUUCGAGCUGUGCUGCCAGGAGCUGCAGCAGGAGAGUGGGAAGUAUCUGUACGGAGACUUCCAGACAGCGGCGGCGGGGGAAAACGACAUGAUGAGCAACCACAUGAAACAGCUCAACAUCGGCGGGAAACAACCACCAGACGACCACAGACACGGGUUACACCAUUGCGCGAGCACCCCCGCGUUUCUACCUAGUGGCGCGAACCAGCACGGGACUUACCACGAGGAUGUUCACACGGCGCCAGUUUUACCGGUGGGGCAAAAUCCGUUUUUAGCGUCGAUGAGAUCGCCACAGCACGUACAGAGAUACGGCCCAACGGUUCAGAUGUACGCGGCACAGUUCGGACAAGGAGGGAACCAUUAUGUCGGUGGGACUAUGCCGCCUGGAUAUGGACAGUCGUCGGGGAGAAGUACGCCUAGCCCUGCUCCAACACCCCCUCCCCCGGGAAACCAGCAACAGAUCUCCCCCCAGACCCCUCAGACCCCGCCCCAGGUUCACUCCCCGCCCCCCUCACAGAUGCACACCCCCUCCCCCCAGGAACAGAGACAAUCCCGCAGCCAGACCAACUCCCCCUUCCCCCCCAUGUACCAGCAGCUCACCUCCCCUCAGCAACAAUACAUGUACUUCCCACAGCUCCCCUACCAGAUGAUGUCCCCACCCCAGGGGUACCCUCCGCAGGGGUCCUUCCCCUCCCCCCAGGGGCAGUACGGCGGGGUCUUCACCUCCCCCCAGGGGCAGCCCCUUCCGGUGGUGCCGGGGUUUUACCAGCCGUACUCGCAAGGACCUCAGCAAGGACAGUUCAUGUCGGGUCAGUGGCCUCAGGUGACCCCGCCGGGGUAUAACCCCAUGUACGACCGCAGGAUGUCCGGCGGGAGCGAGAGUUCAGGUCAGGGGUCACCUUCCCACGCUCCUCAGCUGCCGCCGUGGAACUUUCAACAACAGCAGCAGCAACAGCAGGCGUGGCACGGAGGUCAAGGUCAAAUGCACGGGGGUCAAGGUCAAAUGCACGGAGGUCAAGGUCAAAUGCACGGAGGUCAAGGUCAAAUGUUUCCAAGGGCGCACAGCCCGUACCACAGAACGGACUCCCCGCGCGGCGGGCACUUAGACGCCCACUGGUCGCCCAAACAUUCGCCACGCAGCCAGAGCCCCAGCCCAGGGAGGUCAGGGUGGGGUCACGGGGCGACGCCGCCGCACCAGUACACCCCUCCCGGGCAGGGUGGGCAGCCCCGCCACCACGGCCCCUACCAGCGCUCGCUCUCCUCACAGAACCACCAGUAUUCCAGCCUCAACCUCCCCCCGCACGGCGGCUACCACCCCCCACAGCCGCCCAACAAAACUCACGACUCACCCCGAAGCUCCUUAGUGUUCACCCAGCCCCUCCACGUCCCCACACACUCCACCUACUCCUCCCCAGGCCGACCAGCCAUGUCUGUCACAACACCAACCUCCAACAACUCCACACCCACGCCAACAAAAACACCCAGCCAGCCCAACCUGCUCACACCCGAGCACCCGGAGGAGCUAAGGUCGGAAACGGGCACACCCCCGCCCCCGAUUCUCCCCGUCAUCUCCCCAGCAUCCAGCCAUAGCAGCCUGUCGUCAGCAGAGAGCAGAGACCGUGGACAGAGGCCCAGCACUAGUAAUGACAACUAUGCAUACGAACAAGCGUUGCUGCUUCACCAGCGGGCGCGGAUGGAGAAGUUGAAGAAGGACUGGAACGGGGAGAAGCAGAGACUCGCGCAGGUCAGAGUAGAGGUCGACGAGAUGGAACGUGACCUUCAGGACCGCAGAAAACGCAACGCGACCUCCAAAUGUCCCACGGUAGAAGAGAUAGUGCGUAAGCGGGAACACAACAGGCAGCUGCAGAUAGAGAUAGACUGUAUGACAAAGGAGACUGACCUGCUACAGCAGAGUAGAUACUACGUAUCCGACCCGGUGGACGUGCCGAACUUCUACGCUAACCUGGGCGCCACGGGACAGCUGGGUCCGGUCCCCCCGCCUAGCGCCGCCUCACAGCAUAGACGAAACCUGUCCAGCUCCACGGCAGCUGAAGGUGGUGUGACAGAAAGGGAGGGGGAGGGGGGUUGGCAGAUGGUGAACUAUUCAGCAGAAGCGCCCAACCCCAGCGCAGCCCCAGAGGAGGCGGAGGGUCCGCAGUGGAACUGUCGAGCCUGUACCUUCCUCAACCACCCACAGCUAGACAAAUGUGAAAUCUGCGAGAUGCCCAGAGUUAUAUGAAGAUCCUCGCUGUAGCUAAAAUAAAAUAUCCUCAUAUAAAGACUUGACAAACUCGUGUGCAACAAACGGGGAAGGAGAUGAAUAAAACCUUCCCACGGCUUUUAUGACGAAAUGUGGUAACAUUUAUUAUGUAUGUCUCUGUCUACACCUGCUACAAGACCCGGCAAGCUGCAGAAGAAAAACAGAACUGUCCCAGCUUCAAGGAAUGAUUCUUAAGGAGACUGACUGGUUAAUGUGAAGCUGUGAGGACAGGCAGAGGAAAGCUGCUCUAGGAAAAGCGACAAAGACACAUGUCUUGGUUGUCCGUCGGUGACAAAGACACAGCUUCCACGCAAACAGGUCUAUGACACGGUGAGAAGCUGAGACCAAGAGAAACACCGUACACAUUCUUUCAAGACUGUCAGUACAAAAUCUGAGAACCAAAAAAUCAAAUUGGUGUGGCCUAAGAGAAGAAUUAUUUUGUACAUGCCAUCUGGUUAACGUCAAGCUGUAAGGACAGGUUGGGAAAGGCUGCUCUUGGGAAAGCGACAAUGACAAAGCUUCCAUGCAAACAGGUCUGUGACACAGUGGGAAGCUGAGACAAGAAGAAACACUGUAUAAAGCACACGUUCUUACAAGACUGUUGGUUCAGGAGAGGCUGCAAUGGUGGAAAAUGCUGCUCUAGUCAAGCCAAGUAAAGAAACACUACGGAAAGCCAAGAACAUUGGAAACAACCCAUUGCAGCUGGAAAAGGGAAUGCCACUCCGUGACUUGUGCUAUAGAAAAAGACUUCAAUGGUCUGUACAGUGUAUGUGUCAUGCACAGAUGGGCAAUGUCUAGUGACAAGGAAAUGUGUGGAUGUCUUCAGAUCACACUGGAGACGGGAAAGAAGUUAUCUUGGACUGGAUAAUCAGCUUCCUGGUUCUUAAACGACGCAGAAGAGUUUUUAUACAGCAUGUUGCCGUGAUGCUAUCACAAAGCUGAACUCCAACUUGAAUCGUUUUAACAGAAAUUUUAGCCACAAUGAAACAUUGUCUUCUGUGUUGCCAAAAACAGAACAAUACAGGCCUAUCUCUGAAGAGUUGCUAAGUGCUGAUUAUAAAGCCUUGACAUCGGAAUGGUUAGAAAUUGAUAUUUGUCGAACUUCUGAAGUUUAUCAAAUUGGAAACCAAUGGCUUUAUACCAAGUAUCAGUAUGUCUACUGUGAAGACAGGUUACUGAAUGUAGUAUCUACAUGUUUCGGGAACAUCACAUGGAUUUUGUAUUAUUGAAUUGCAGAAGGUUAUCUGCUUUCUAAAGUCAGCUCUACAAAACGCUCUGCUCACAAAGUUCAGGCUGCUUCAAACUGAUUUUGUGCAGAAAUUUUGAUGUACAAGUGUAUUUUUGUGCCAUUGUCACUUCUGUACUCUUGUAUUGGCAUGUGGCAAUGUGCACAGAUUUAGCAGUGUCAUCAAUAUACUGUGCACAGUUUUGGGUGUGUCAUGGCAUACACAGAUUUAGGUGUGUCCUCAAUAUUCUGUGCACAGGUUUUGGUGUGUCAUGGCAUACACAAAUUUUGUUGUUUAUCAGUUUGGCAGUGCCAAACUUUGCUGAAGGAGACAAAGAUUCAACAAAACACAGUAUUUUCCUGUCCUAUUUUGUUGCAUCAUGUGAAACUUGCAAUAAUUUAUUUAUGAACUAGCAGGGCCUGUGCCCCCCCCCCUUCAGACAUAGCAGAAGAAAUAGAAGAUGAAAAUUGCCACAGAGUUCAGAACAGUCAAUGGUCAAAGACAAGUCUGUAAAGAAAAAAAGAAAAGUUGCUCCAAUGUCUUUGCUCAGUGCCUGUUUAUGAAUGCAGCCUCAGAAUAAUACAAGCAAGCAUUUUUGUUUCCAGAAAUGUUGCCAGAUUGACUUUCUGUUCUUACUUGACAAUGACUCUACAUCGUACACGUGUUGCUUACAAACAUUCUGUUUGCUCUUGCUGGGUCAAAGAAAAAGCAACUUUCUUCUGGACAAAGGUAUAUUUUCUGGUAGUAUAAGAUCUUAGCUGUGUAUGAUAUAAAUAACAACGCUGCUUAAGUAUAACAAAAAUUGCUCAAAGUGAAUUAAGUCUUGGGAAAGAGUGUAAAUCUAUGAACCUUCCUGGAGUCCAGGAUCCAAGUUUUCCCUUGCUUGUAUACAUGUAAAGCUUGUACAUGUACUUUCAAUUUCUAUACUAGGAGAUAGAUGUAAAAUACAGACCUUGUUUAGCU